ACAAAAAACCUUUCUUUGAACAACAUGUUUCUUUACCAUUUAAAACGGUUAAACAAAAUAAAGUCCAACAAACCCAACUUGUCUGUGAUUUGCACUAAGACUGUGAGAUCUUAUUCUCACUUAGCUCCAUCAUUGUUCAGUUCUUUGUUCAACUAUUUUCUUCAGUCUGAAGCCUUCCUGCAUUGUGAGACCUCCUCUGUCAUUGCUUCUCAUAUGAGAUCUGGCAGAGCUGGAGAGCUUCUCUUUGUCAGAGAGGUAGUCCUCCACUUUGGCUCCUCCCACAUUUUUACUCCUCUUCAGAUAGUCCUUUAUCUUCUCCAUGCUGUAGUCUCCAGAGCUCCUACGGCUGCCAUCCCGGUGUUUAGAGGGCUCACUUUCAGUAGCAGCACCCUCCUCCAGACUGGACUCAGAAUCCUCUUCCAGACUUGACUCAGAAUCCUCUUCCAGACUGGACUCAGAGUCUUCCUCCAGACUGGACUCACACUCUGCUGCUCUUCCACUUUCUUUCGUUGCCCCUUUCUUCGACUGUGAGCUUCCGCUGUCUCCUCUCUGUUUCCUCUUCAGCUGAGGGGCUUUGAGCUGCUCCUCGUCUGCUUCCAUGUCCACCUCACCACCUGUCUCCACCUGUCCUCCAGUACUCUCCCUCACCUUCUGGACCUCACUUGCCCCGUCCUUCAUUACCUCUUGUCCUACACUUUCCCUCUCUUCUCUCACCUCCUGUACCCCACUUGUCUCCUCCACCCUCACCUCCUGUGCUCCACUUGUUCCCUCCUGUCCGUCCUGCUUGUCCCCUCUGCCCUCCUCAGUACCUUUCUGGUUCUGGUCUUUAUUUGAGCCAUUUUCCCCAGGACAAGCUCUACUCGGAUGUCCUUCUUUUCCACAACUGAAGCAUUUAAAAUCAUUAGUCUUUGCAAAGAUGACAUAGUCAAAGUCCUCUACUGUGAUUUUGAAACUGAGGUUGACCACCCUGCUCCUGUCGUUGGGGAUCAUGAGGACAUGUCUCCUGUGAGACACCACGUGCUUUAACAGCGGAGACUUAAAGCCAGAGGACACUCUCCUAACCGGAGAUACUACUUUCCCAUGUUUGGACAGCUCUUUGAUUAUGGCAUCGUUUCUUAUGAAUGGUGGCACGUUAGACACAGUGACUUUCACUUCCAGUGAGCUGAGAGGAUACGUGGAAGUGUUCACCCACCUCGAUCCUGUGCUGCAACACCACCUCCGCAGUUUCUAUGGUAUCUAGAAAGAUGACCACAGCGCUGUUCAUCCACGCUGCGGACUUCACGUGGCUGUGGCCAACAAGCGCACCCACUGCCAAGCUGCAUUCCUCCACUGAACACCCGAAACGCGGCGGGAUCUUCACGCCGCGUUCCCUGGUUAACUCUGUCAGGCUCAUGGUGGCGUUUAGCACGCCGACAGCACGCGCUGCCCGGCUGCAAUCCGCUCACAAAAAAAGACCCAAAAAACAGCUAAAAGCACACAAACAAAACCGUGAACCCUACACACCCCACUACACUAUCAUAUACAACAUUACCCAGUGAAGAAAAAUAUCGAAAGAUCGCUAUUUAUCGCUCUCAAACACGCUCCGCCAACUCCGCACUCCUUCCACUCAGAGAGACAGAAAGAGACAGAGAGAGAGAUACAGACAGAGACACAGAGAGAGAGAGUAAAGAGACGCCUCUCCUUAUUAGGAGUUGUUAUACCGUUGAUACUGUACUUGUUUACAUUUCGCAGAUAACAAACCGCAUGUCGUGAAAAGAACGGAGGGGGGGGCCAAAAAAUGUCCAGUAAUGCCAGAGAUUUAUCGCAGAAUAUGUGUGUGAAAAAAACAUUUGUUCUCACACAAAGAUGCUUUUCAUAUUUUAUUGCUUUUUGAAAGAAAGGAAGAAAAAAAGCUCUAAAACUGUCAAUGCUGCCUUCAAGAUCAUGAUUCAAAGCCAAAGCUCAGUGUUGGAGUGGCCUCUGACUUGUCCUCUGCGUCUCCAACAUGAAUGUGUGUGUGUGUGUGUGUGUGUGUGGGUGUGUGUGUGGGUGUAUGUGACACAUACUCACCCCCUCCACCACUUGGCUGUGUGUGUGUAUGUUUGUGGGUAGUGAGUAGGUUGGAAGUGGAAAUUUACAGUCUCCCAUGUUGGUACCUGAGUUGCCUGUCACAGCGAGGCAGUGCCCAAUCUCCACUUUGGAUUUAAUUGUCUUUAGCCAAAGGGGGCGGGCCAAAGGGGGGGGGGCAAAGGGGGAAGCUCAACUUCUUGUGAUCCAUGUUGGCAUAAAGGCGUUCAGUACAGAGGAAUGGUGACAGCUGAGAGAGAGGAACUCUGUACAUAGAAGGAAGGCCAUGAAGGAAAUCAUGGCACAAAAAGAGAAGCUCCAAUGCUUGAAGGACUUCCACAAGGACACCCUGAAACCUUCACCGGGGAAGAGUCCUGGCACGCGGCCCGAGGAUGAGGCCGAAGGCAAGGCUCCUCAGAGGGAGAAGUGGGCCAGCAAGUUCGACUUUGUCCUGUCCGUGGCCGGAGGCUUCGUCGGAUUAGGAAAUGUCUGGCGGUUCCCUUACCUUUGUUAUAAAAAUGGCGGAGGUGCGUUUCUCAUCCCUUACUUCAUCUUCCUGUUUGGCGGCGGCCUGCCGGUGUUCUUCCUGGAGGUCGCACUGGGCCAGUACACCUCAGAGGGAGGGAUCACCUGCUGGGCCAAGAUCUGCCCCAUCUUCACUGGUCAGUCCAAGCACGCAAACGCUGCACGUAUUCACACAUACAGAGAAACACAGCUCAAAUCAUCCCUCACAGGAUCAUUCAAUAUUUAACGCUGAGUAAGAGCAUCAUUUGCCAAAACGAGAAUCCCGCCCUGAUUUUCUUCCUGUUUCAGUCCAGUUUUCAUCUGUAUUCAACAUGCAUUCCCUUCCUAUGUAAUUGAACCAGUUUUACUUCAUUAGGCUGCUUUGUGUUAUGUGAAAGACACAGUAAAGAAGGAAUAUUACGACUCACAAUCAGCUUUAAGUAUAAGUUUAAAUUUGACAUGUUCAUGGCCAAGCAUGUUUGCACACACAGCGACUUUGUCUUUUUGAUUGGUGCUUAACAAUAAACACAGCGCAGUAGUACAAGACGUAAUUACAAAUAAAAAAAUAGGAACAUUUACAAUAAAAUAUGAUAAACAAACAACUAAAACAAGACUAUGUUAAAAUAAGUCUGUUAAGAGUUAAGUGUCUAUUUAAAGUGAAGAGUUGUUGAUGGAUGUGUACAUGUAAAUGUGUGUAGCUGUCCUGGGGAUAUAAGAGUCAAUAGAGGUAGAAAUAAUAAAAUAACAGUUUGGGACAAAAACAACAAAGCUGGACGAAUAAACGUAAAGCACAAACAGGACUGUUGUUUAAAACAAAAUGGUGUAAAUAUAAAGAUUAUAUACAUAAAAACACUAGUGACAAACAUUCAAAUAAGAAAUAAACGUAUCUAUCAUGGAGGAUGAAUGAUUUUUACAAACACACACACUUUUACGUAAAUCAUAAACACCACGCUCCAAAACACAAAGCCAUCCUUUUGUGAGUGUAACGAAUUGAUUGUGUUCUCGGUUACCGUUGAAACAGACCAGCGAAAGAAAGAAAGCCGCCUCGCGAUGGGAACAGCAGUGUUUUGUCUCAACUUAAAGGAUGUAUAAAUGCCGUGAUUGCGUUGUCAGUGUCAGGUUCUUUUGACCUGAGGUCACCCAUAAGCUACUGAUACUUUAAGACACUCAUAAGUACAUUGCGACCGUCCAUCUCUUGAGUGACAAGCCGCGAGGCGCCACGAGGCAGCGCGCCUUCAGCUGCCGCCGUCACGCUCUCGCUCGUGUUCACAAACACGACAUGAAAAGAGACAAAGCCGUUCCUUUUACCGGAUCUCCAGCAGCUGCUGACGGUCUCCGCUAUUCAGGGGGCGCUGAGGCCGCAGCACAAGACCAAUCACAAACCUCCUCAUUGUCGUCCCCCCCCCCCCCCUCCACACACACACACACACACACCCCACCUUCACACACACACACACACACACACCUGUCACAGCAUUGACUUGUCCAUCAGUUUGCAUUUGGUAUGUGGGAACGAGGCGGUGGGGGCGUCAGAGAUGAUGAGUUUAAAAAUACUCCCGAGCAGUUGAAGAGUACCAGGGAUUUCUGUGUCCAGGUUCGUGGCAAAGUCAUCUAAAAAUAGUGUUAAAACACUAAGGACAUUAUAACAGUAGAUAGCAGAGUCGAGCUCAGGACGUUGAUGAAGAGUUGGCUGUCAUUUGUGUUCGUGAUGGCUUUUAAAGUUGCUCGGCCAUAAUCUCCUGUAAAGAGUCAUUUACCACCAGGCUGAAAAUCUAUACCAGGGUCAGUAGUAGGAGUGGUUGUGUGUAGUCAGAAGUACACUUCUUCAUCACUGGAGCAAGGCCAACCUCCGGUUCUGAGAAGUGAAGCUUCAUGUGUUAAACCUGUAUUCUCUCUAAUGUCCACCAGGGGG